AUGAACAUGGCACGUACGUAUGCGCUAGCUGAUUGUAAUACGAUCGUGGACAUGAAUCUACGAGUUAUGCGCUUUAUUUUGUGCGUAAUAGCGGCUCUGACCUUUGCUUUUGGCUUUGCAUUGCUCACUAGCAAUAAGAAGACACUAACAUACGUCUACGAGGAUCAAGUAGCAGUCAAUGAGACGUUAUCAACUAAAGCAUCAUCUGUUGUAGAGGACAAUAAUACACUAUUUGGAUAUAUAUUGUUUGCAGGUGGUAAGAUAUUUGAAGUCUUUUGUGAGACGCUUAUCUUUCCUACGCUCGCUACGUAUCUCCACAACUGUAGCUUAUAUCUAGGAGAUCGACCGGCACGAAUGCACUCAGUUGCCAAGGCGCGUUGUAUCUUCUGGGGUCUUAAGACGGUGAUAAUUCUCAUGAAUGUCGGUUUUACCAGUGUCUACGUGGGUAAAACCAUGUUGGACCCUAGUGUUGUAUCGCGACGUCUUACUGCACACGACGAGUUGAUGCAAAUGAAGAAUCUAAACGCGCCAAAUUUUGAUGCGGACUUGUUGCGCUCGAUCUUGCGAACAUCGGUAACAGGCUUCACUGCGCCAUUUGAAUUUAUCGAUACCUGUCAAUCGGUGGAGCAAGGGAAUACAAAUGAAAAGCAGCCAUGGGAAGUGUGGCCUGAUGAUGUGGACACAACGUCAGUGAGUUUUAGCUUUCCUUCACACGAGUGGAAUGCUGCUUUAUUUACAUCAGAUAUAAUUGUGCCAAAGAAGACUGCAGAAAUUUUGCUGCGGGACUAUUUGGAUAAUCGUAACGAGAACGCGACCACUUGCGAGUGGGAUCCUGUGGAGCUGUACUUGAUCUUUCAGCAGUGUAUGGUAAAAAUGGGUCUGGUGAGUGUUUCGGUACAAGCAGCAACUCCUCUGUCGCAUAAAGAGCUAAUCCAGGUGAUUGUGGACCACUUGAGGGCAACACUACCUGCCAAAGCUCAAUUGAGUGAUCUGAGGUUGAAUUUGCAGCAACGUGAAAUCGCGGAAAACGUAAAGUUCACCACUUUGACAAUUUCUAUUCCCUUUGAGCCGGAUGACACGGGAAGUAUGUUAUGUGGAGUUUCUGGGUGUGUGUAUGCUACGUCAACAAGCGUGUUGGAUGAGCUUCAUCUGCAGCCACGCAUAUCGAUCGCAUCGAACGAGAAAUUCGUGAACUCUGCCUUGGUCUAUAGUGCAACAAGCCAGUUUGUGCUGAAUCGUGGACAAGCUCCACAUGAAGUGUUGGUGCUUUCUUUGAGUGAAGUGACGUGGAAGCUGAGUCCUCUCCACAUUCGUCACAAUGCUGCGUGUGCAGAUGGCGAUGAACAUCAGUGCCUCGGCCUAGUUUUGCCGCUUGCAACAAAUAAUGGUGUGCUGCUUGUCGGUAAGGAAGCUUUGUCUGUGCAGCAUGCGGUGCACCCUGUUGCACUUGUGACGCUGCAACCUGCCAUAAUCCCUGGUACGAGUCGCUUUGACAAAAAUGCACUAACGACAUGGCACCGGCUUAUAUCACCUGAUGGAAAGCUGAUGCACCCGUGUCUGGCUGAAUGUAUGCCGCUAGUAGAUGCAUAUCUGAUGCAUCUUGAGAGCAACCACUUUUACCUCAACGGUGAACAAACGCAAGAUAUGUUUGCAGCAGCGCUUUUUUAUUUAUUGCAGAGCGGAGUUCUGAGGUCGUGGGCUGAUGUUAUGUCUAGGAGACAUCUCAUGAUGUCUGCUGUAAUGGGUUUGAAUGGAUCUGGCUCCGGUGACGGCAAGGCUGCUGCUGCCACGACAGAUAUCGAAGUUAAUGUCCCAACUGCGACUGCGUUUGUGACAGUUGCUGGAUGCAUUUUUAUCGUCUUGUUAACAAUGUGUGUGAUUUGUUUGCCAACGCCUCGAGUAAGGCUGUCACCGGACACGACUCCAGCCGCACAAUACGUGCAGAUUCUGACGGAUGAUUUGUACCCGGAUUUGGUGCACAAGAAACGCUUGCGUUUUGCCAAUGGUGAUUGUCUUUUAUUCAACGAGUAUGUUGUAGACGCGAUCGUGCUGCACGCGAAGCGCGAUCAGACCAAGAAGAUUUAUUUGUAA